GCUGACGUCAUUGUUUAUGUCUAGAGCAAGAAACAACCUGAGUAAACCUGUGUCACAACAUUAAGAGAGUCGGGGUGCUGCUGCUGCAGGAAGCCCUGUACUAUGGGCAGCGACCGUUGCUAUUACCUUACAGGCUGCGUACUGGACCAGAUAUGGUUGCCUGGGUUGCAGUUAUAGUGAUGCGAAAAGGCUGACUGUAAUGGCUUGCAGGCACGACUAGGCCUUGCGUGUGCCUCUGACAGGCUUAGUGGGGACUGCAAAGUGACUGAGUGUGGCAUUUUUUAGUGUCAGCCAUGCCUUGGCCCUUCUCAGAAUCCAUUAAGAAGCGGGCAUGCAGGUACCUGCUGCAGAGGUACCUGGGACACUUCUUGCAGGAGAAGCUGAGUCUGGAGCAGCUGACACUGGACUUGUACCAAGGGACUGGCUCACUGUCAAAGGUCCCCUUGGAUAAAUGGAGUCUUAAUGAGCUGAUGGAAUCAGCAGAUGCACCUUUGGAAGUGACUGAAGGUUUCAUUCAGAGCAUCUCUCUUUCCAUUCCAUGGGCAUCAUUACUGCAAGAAAACUGUGCGCUGGAAGUAAAGGGACUAGAAAUCGUACUGCGACCAAGACCUCGACUAAGGUCUGGUUCUGAGCCAAUGUAUUGGUCAAGUUUUAUGACCAGCAGCAUACAACUUGCUAAGGAGUGUCUUAGCCAAAAACUUAAUGAUGAGCAAGAAUCCUCACAGCCUUUUGAGGGCCUUGAGAAGUUUGCUGAAACAAUUGAAACUGUUCUAAGACGGGUCAAAGUCACUUUUAUUGAUACAGUGUUUAGAAUAGAAAAUAUUCCUGAACAUUCUAAAACAGGAGCUGCUCUUGAAAUUCGAAUUAGCAGAACGGUGUACUCAGAUGAGACGGCAGAUGAACAUUCGGGGAUUAACGUACACCAGCCAUCUGCAUUUGCUCACAAAGUGCUGGAAUUAACAGGUGUUUCUGUCUUUUGGGAUGAAUUUCAGGCCUCUGCAAAGUCCUCCCCAGUUUGCUCAACCUCACAAGUGGAAACAGAGCCAAAACUUUCCCCCAGCUGGAACCCGAAACCUGUGUUUGAACCACACCCACAGUUCACAAGAAAUGUACCAGAAAUUACCCCUUCAGACCCUGUACAGAUUGCUUCACUUGUUGGUAAAAUUGCGCUGGGAUUGAUUCUGAAACAGAAUGAAGUACUUCCUGGAGCAAAGCUUGAUGUGGAUGGGCGUAUUGAUUCGUUUCAUAUUUUCCUCUCUCCGAGGCAAGUUCAUCUUCUGCUGGACAUAAUGGCAGCAAUUUUGGGGCCAGAGGGGAGCAGCCAGAUUCCAUUAUCAAGCAAAGACCGUAAGAGCCGACCAAUGCAACAAGAGGAUGAGUAUCGCAUACAAAUGGAGCUGAAGCGAUAUUUAAGAAAAGAAUCCUUGUCUGGAGGGGCAUCUUCAGAACAUAGUUUUUAUGAGAGUGAAACUGCAAAAACCCCUUCUAGUCAUGAUGAGGAAGUUUUCUUCUCAAUGGCAGAUAUGGACAUGUCUCAUAGUCUUUCUUCUCUUCCCCCCCUUGGAGAUCCCCCCACAGUGGACUUAGAACUGUCUUUAACUAGUACAUAUACUAAUACCCCAUCAGGAUCGCCAAUGGGCGGCACAAUGUCAACCUGGGGUGAUUAUCAAGAACGUCACAAACCAGAAGAGCAAGUAGUGCGAGGGACAGCACCGAAAUCUCACAUUGUUCACCAAAAUCAUAUUCGAAGGACCACACUUCCAACACGCUCAAUAUCCAUGGAUGAAUCAAGACCCGAGGUUGUGUUUAGGCUGGCUGUGGAUUCUUUGUCUAUCUCAGUGCUUCACAUCGACCCUCUGCCACCAACUGAAACCACUUUGAGCAAUAACCGACUAACCCCCAUGUCAGCUGAUUUCUUCCGACACAUUGAAAAAAUGGAUCCUCACACAUUUACAAAAGAUAAUUUCACCUCUUUCAGAAAUGUUUUUGCCAAGGCUUGUUCUCAUGACCACCUUAGAUUUAUGGGUAUGGAAAUUAAAAUAGCCCAUGAACAAAGGCAGAGGACAAACUCACAGACUUUCAGCAGUGAUGUGUCUAUUGGACAACUGGAGCUUUUAGAGUGCCUUUUCCCCAGUGAUUCUCAAACUAUUCGUCCUCAAUAUACAGAAUUACUAAGGUUUGACAAUGUUAGUGGAACUGACUCACGGUCUACACCAUGCCUUCAUCUCCUCUAUAAACACUCUGGUACUAGGGGACCUCAGGGUCAUACAGGGAGGUUAAGUUCUGCCCCUCAAAGAUCAGAGCUGCAAAUUACAUUAGCCCCUGCUUUUUGUGAGUUGGAUGUCAGUAUUGUGGACAGAUUAAAUUCUCUGCUUCAGGCUCAGAAACUAAGUACAGUUGAAAUGAUGGCAUCACACCUGUACGCCUCCUACAACAAACAUAUUAGUCUGCCUAAAGAGUUUACAGAAUUUUUCUUGGAUGACUCUCGAUCCCCUACAAAUACUCGGGUUUCUGUGCUGGUUUCUGCACCAACUUUAAAUCUUGCUGUUCGGUUUCCAAUUCCCGAUCUUCGAUCAGACCAGGAGCGCGGCCCGUGGUUCAAGAAAUCCCUUCAAAAAGAAAUUCUACACUUAAAGUUGUCUGAUUUAGAGUUUAAAACUGAAGUCUCCUACGGUUCUUCCCCAGAGCAAAUGAAGCUAGAACUUACCAUCAAAGAUCUAACCGGAGCCUUUCAAGAGGAGACUGAGGGUCCCCAGAUACCCUUCAUCAGAGUGUGCAGUGGCCUGGACGGAGAUUUGACAACAUCUGAUAAUUUUGACUGGCCAAGGAUUGUGCUGAAAAUGAACCCCAUUGCGGUGCACUCUGUCUUGGAGCGGAUAGCGCAAGAAGAGGAUGAUGAAGGAGAUGGACGUUUUCAAGAGGAUGACGAAGGCGCAUCUCAUUCCCUAAAAGAUGUUUGUGACCUGAGACGCCCGGAGCCUUCCCCUUUCUCCUCUCGAAGAGUCAUGUUUGAGAAUGAGGAGAUGGUGAUGCCUGGAGAUGCAAUAGAAAUGACGGAAUUCCAAGAAAAAGCCAUUAAUAAUUCUCACUACGUACUAGAACUGACAUUACCAAGCGUAUAUUUAACGUUGCCGAACAAAACUUUCUAUGAAAAGCUUUAUAAUAGGAUAAGCAAUGACUUAUUGCUCUGGGAGCCAACAGCUCCAUCUCCAGUGGAAACCUUUGAAAACCUAUCAUAUGGGAUUGGACUUUCUGUUGCCAGCCAACUGAUCAACACCUUUAGUAAAGAUGGCUCAAACCCAUUAAGAUCAACUGUUCAUUAUGAUGAGGACAGUGGCUCCGAGGAAGAGGUCUUACAAUUUGAUCAUAUCCUGGAUUCGAACUAUCACAGUCGGAGAAAGAAAAAACUAGAGUCACAAAAUAAGCAUUCUCAAAGUUUUCUGUCUCUGCUUAUAAAUGUGAACCAUGGGCUUGUUUCUAUAUUCACCGACGUUAAGCAAGCUGAUGGAACGCUGGUUGAAAACAAACAUGGGGAAUUCUGGUUGGAAUUUAACAGUGGCUCAUUAUUUAGUGUGACAAAAUAUGAGGGUUAUGAAGAUAAACAUUAUAUCUGCCUUCAUGCAAGCACCCUGAGUCUCUACCAUCAAGGUAUACUGGAUGGUGUUGUCCUGCCAACUGAUGUUCGACUUCCCAGCAUGACUCCCCCCCAUUGGUUAGAGCCCACUAUUUAUUUCUCAGAAGGAGAUGGUGUAUCUACGCGCCCAGCUACCAAUGGCGUUGGAGUAGAGAGUCUCUGCAUGCUGACAGUGGCCGUUAAAAUCCAGUCGGACAAAUCUGAUAAUAACACUAAGGAGUUCCUUGUUGCUGUGGGAUUACGUGGAGCUACUCUUCAACACCGAGUAUUGCCAUCCGAACUUGCCUGGCAUGAACAGAUUUUACAUUUUCUCAAUAUACUGGAUGAGCCAGUCUUGGGUUAUUGUCCACCAGCGUCAAUAACAACUUUCCAUGUUCACCUAUGGAGUUGUGUCCUGGAUUACAGGCCUCUUUACUUGCCUCUGAGAGCGCUCCUUACGGUAGAAACCUUCAGUAUCUCAUGCAGUGUGGCCCUGGACAAAUCAUCUUCUAGCCUUCGAAUUAUCUUGGAUGAAGCUGCCCUGCAUUUAUCUGACAAGUGUAAUGCUGUAACUGUGAAUUUAAGCAGAGAUUAUGUCCGUGUUAUGGAUAUGGGGCUUUUAGAACUGACUAUACUUGCAGUAAAACCUGGAGAAAAGUCUAAGCCUCGGUUUGAAAUGUACUGUUCCAGUGAUGUUAUUCACAUAAGGACUUGUUCUGAUUCCUGUGCUGCUUUAAUGAACCUCAUACAGUACAUUGCUAGUUACGGAGACCUACACCCACCGUCAAGGACAGAAACAUCUCCUGGGACUCACAAGAAAAGUAAAAAGAAUGAUUCUGGAUCAGGAUCCAGUUCCCAAGGUCCAGUGCUGGCUGAAGCAGAACAGAAAAUUUUACGAGAUUUAAUGAGUGAUGCAAUGGAAGAUACCGAUAUUGGUCAAGCAGCUUAUUUUAUGAAACCUCAGUUGAACGGGAUUGCUGAAGGUAAAUGUGAAUCGCAAGACGCACCUUGUUCAGACCUUUUCCUGUUUCCUGAUGAAAGUGGAAAUGCAUCGGAAGAAGCAAGCCCUGCAUUUGCCCCAGCUGUAAAGCAUCUUAUAAGUGAAGCAAUUUUGGAUGUUCCAUCAGAAAAUGAUGACUUCUGUAUUUUAUACGCCCCAAAAACGACUGUUCCGGAAAAAGAUCAGGAACCGUCUGUCAGAAAACUUGUCGAUGAUAUAAUUGUGAUAAAAGAGAACCAUUUCAGCCUGCCUGCAGAAAAGUUAGGCAACAGUAAAAUGUCUUUGAAUUACCCUGUACCAAUUAUACGCUAUGUGGUAAAGGAGUUUUCCCUUGUUUGGCACUUAUAUGGAGGGAAGGAUUUUGGCGCUACCUUUCCUCCAGCAUCUCCGGCAAAUAACUUUGUGAGUCCUCGCAGCUCCCCUUCUAGCACGCCCACCAGACAGGGUAGCAAUCUAGUACGUGGUGGACGUGGAAGAAACCAAGAUCUGUUAAUGGAAAUCCAACUUUGCAAGGUAAAAUUCCAGCAUGAAGUGUAUCCCCAGGAUGGACUAGAAACUGGCGUUGCUAUACUGGAACAGCCUGUAUCCAGACAAAUUUUCAUUGUUCAAGAUAUAGAAAUCAGAGAUCGUCUGGCCUCAUCUCAAAUGAAUAAAUUCCUUCAUCUUUACAGCAGUAAAGAAAUGCCAAGAAAAGCUCAUUCCAAUAUGUUAACAAUAAAAGCCUUACAUUUGCGACCAGAAUCUGGGCAUUCUCCACAAGAAUGUUGCCUACGUGUUACCGUAAUGCCACUCCGUCUCAAUAUUGAUCAGGAUGCCUUAUUUUUUCUGAAGGAUUUUUUCACAAGUCUUUCUACAGAAGUUGAAUUAUUAGUUACACCUGAUCCAGAAGUAAAAAGAACUGCUGGUGCAGAUGUGAUGUGCAAUUUGCCAAACCACCUCUGUUCUCAUGAGCUGAACCCAGUUAUUUCAUUUUUGGGAAAAGCUCAUACGGUACAAAAUGGCGGAACUCAUUCUGCAGGCACAUUUCACAGUGAAAAUCUGGAAAACUUAGAAGAUGUGUCAUCUUUUAACGACCAGCCAAUCUUUUUCAGAGAAUUCCGCUUCACUGCAGAAGUACCUAUAAGAUUGGAUUACCAUGGAAAACAUGUUUCAAUGGAUCAGGGAACACUAACUGGAAUCUUGAUUGGGCUUGCUCAACUAAAUAGCUCUGAGCUAAAGCUGAAGCGGUUAUGCUAUCGACAUGGUUUAUUAGGAGUGGAUAAACUUUUUUCUUAUGCCCUUAAUGAAUGGCUUACAGACAUUAAGAAAAAUCAACUGCCAGGAAUUUUGGGAGGUGUAGGGCCAAUGCACUCCCUUGUACAGUUGGUCCAGGGUCUAAAAGACUUGGUGUGGCUGCCAAUAGUGCAAUAUAGAAAAGAUGGACGCAUUGUCCGUGGGUUCCAGAAAGGUGCUGCGUCCUUUGGCACAUCCACUGCUAUGGCAGCUUUGGAACUAACAAACCGAAUGGUACAGACUAUCCAGGCUGCUGCAGAGACAGCUUAUGAUAUGGUGUCACCUGGUCCCAGUCCUGUUGAGUUAAAAAGAACAAAACGAUUUUCUCACCAUCGCUUAUUGCAUCAGCCUGUAGAUCUGCGAGAGGGAGUCGCUAAGGCAUACACUGUGGUAAAAGAGGGAAUUACUGACACAGCCCAAACAAUCUAUGAAACAGCAGCUCGAGAACACGAGAAUAGAGGAGUUACAGGAGCAGUUGGUGGUGUUCUCCGACAAAUCCCCCCUGCGGUCGUUAAGCCAUUAAUAGUUGCAACAGAAGCAACCUCCAAUGUACUUGGCGGAAUGAGGAAUCAGAUCAGGCCAGAUGUUAGGGAAGAAGAAUCUCAAAAAUGGCGCUUAGAAGAAGGGUAAAAAGCUGAAUCUACUGUGUUGAAGGACUGCUCUGCAGAAGAGAAAUGGCAUUCCAUGACCCAAAGACUAUGUCUUGGAUAUGUCUCCAUUUUUCUUGAAAAACUUGGCUCAGGAACCAGGAUUUUUUUUUUGUUACAACAACAAAUGGUAAAGUUAAAAAAAAAAAAAAAAAGGAUCAGAAAUUAAGAACUUCUAGAAAUGGAUUUCGUGUUGAUACCCAAUAAAAGAGUCUGCUUCCUCAAUGUUACAUUGGAAUUCCAAUAUUCCCCAUGCUCACCCAAUGUCGCUGAACUGUGUUAUAUCUGAUGGUACAUGCUUCGCUAAAGGGAUUUCAUCCGCAUGUUCCGUAGCAACUAAAAUAUAUUUAUCAGAGAACGAUGAGAAGCAAAUUCUAUUUUGGCACUAGCUUUAUAUUAAUGUAAUUAUUUAAGCAGACAUAAUUGUCAUUUCAUUGCACUUGAUGACAAAGCAGUUCUCUCUUGUAACUAAAUGUUAGGUAGCUAAGAUCUACAUUUAAAAAUGUUUGAGCCUAAAUACAGCAGACAUCUCAUCAAGUUUAAUAUGUAAAUUGUAAUUGUGUAUAGUGUGAAUAAACACUUGUGUUUUGGUGAAA